UCCUUGAUUCAGAACUAGCAAAGUCUCCCUCAUGAUUCAAUGAGACCCAGAGCGCAUUGGAGUGUCUCGUCCUGAUGUUCAUCAUCGAUAUGGCUGCAGACCAACGUGUCAUGUAAACCACUGUCUGUUUGAGUAUUCGGGCUUGAUCAUCAUCCCGGACUCCAAUUAUCCAUGGACGACAGGUGACGGAGGUUCGCGUUUAUUCGGCACUUCAAGGCCGAACCGGCAUUUCAGACGAUCUAGAGAUUGGCCUGAACCUAGCAGUCGCUUGUGCAUGGAUCUAACUGCAAGCCAAUGUAACAUCUCCGCAUGCCUUCCCCAGAGCCCACUUCCCCAGACCAUCAACCCGGGGGAAUGGAAACUCUAUUUCUCUUUGGUAGCUGUGCUAUAGCUUAUAAAGUAUUGGAGCUUCCCCUCAAUAUUCGUCGUCAUCAAGCUUGAGCUCCCCUGUCUCUCAUAACCCUCCCCUACCAAGCUCAUACACGAACGCGUCUGCUCAUCUACCAAGCUCAACAUGUCUCCCCGUAACAGCGUCAACGGCAAGCCUCGAAGUGAAGGCGAAGAGUUGGAUCAUGUUCAUCCAACCCGGAGCAUCCCCAUCUCGCCAGAGUUAUUCGAGCAGCUUUAUCUUCAGCCACAGAAUAGGGUGAAGGGAGACCUUCGAAAGACCUUCGGUAAUCCUACGCCAGUCGCUUUGGCUGGGUUUUUGAUGUGCUCCACGCCAGCAUCCAUGGGCCUACUCGGAUGGCAGGGAGCUGGUGGCUUUGCUGCCGCUGCGAACGUUGGUGCCUACUUUGGCCUUGGUGGUGUUCUUCUUGUAUUGGGAGGUAUUGGUGAAUGGAUUCUCGGAAACACCUUCCCGUCGACCGUCUUCUUCACCUUCGGAGGUUUCUGGCUUGCAUUCGGUACAACUGUCGUCCCUGACUCUGGUGCCUACAGCACGUAUUCAACCGACGGUACCGCUGCAAAUGGUCUCACGCAGCCUCAAUUCUACUCGACUUUCGCAUUUUUCCUGAUUGCUAUGGCCAUUCUAUGCACAAUAUAUUCUAUCGCGAGUAUUCGAACAAACGUCGCUCUGUUCUCCAUCUUGCUCCUGCUUGUUCCUUGCUUCUCUUGCCUUGCCGCUGCCUUCUUUGCCGUUUCUCAAGGGAAGGCUAAUCUUGCGCUCAAGUGCCAGCAUGCUGGAGCGGGCUUGUUGUUCGCUCUAUCAUUGAUCGGCUGGUAUAUGUUCAUGUCUAUUCUGCUCAUGUCCGUCGACUUCCCCAUCAUGCUACCUCUGGGCGAUCUCUCGACCAUCAUCCGCGGCAAAAGUGAUGCAAAGAAGGGUGCAAGCAAGACAGUUUAAAAAGGAUCACAUGGCUUUAGGGGCAUUGUCGUGUCGAUGGGAGGACCCCUUGUUAUAUUGGGAAAGGAGACGUUGAUAAUCAAGAACCUGGAUAGGAACACGUCUUAUAAAAAUCCUUUUUGCCGUCGUAUAUUGCUUUUUGAGCUUACACCCACGUUUUGAGGCUUGUUUAUAAUGGACCAAUAUGUAAUUAAUGUCAAUAUGAUGAAGCACAAAGGGCUUUUCUAUGAUGUUACAAGUGAUUUGCUUCUAA